AUUGAUGAAGGAUGUAUGUGCGCAAGCUCAUAGUAUUUUAUAUACAAUAACAGCGCUGUGUAGUACAGAAUAUUUAGUUUGCAUUUAACGUCUAUAGAUAGCAGUAACGCGGUUACUUGUAAGAAAAAAUAUAUUUAUUUGUUGUGUAUUAUUAUUAAUUGUCGUGUGGGUCAACAAUUGGAAUUUUUGAAAUCAAAUAAACAAAAUGCCAUCUGAACAAACUCCUGUUUAUCAACCACAUCCAAAUGUUGCAAAACAAUCACAUAUACCAACAUUUGCACAAUAUAAAGAUAUGCAUAAAAAAUCAUUAGAAAAACCUGCGGAAUUUUGGGGUGACAUUGCAAGACAAUUCCAUUGGGAAAUACCACCAGAUCAUAACAAAUUUUUCUCAUAUAAUUUUGAUAUACGUAAAGGCCCAAUAUUUACAAAAUGGAUGGACGGUGCUACAACAAAUAUUUGUUAUAAUUUAUUGGAUCGAAAUAUUUUAAAUGGACAUGGUGAUAAAAUUGCAUAUUACUGGGAAGGAAAUCAUCCUGAUGAUUACAGUCGCAUCACAUAUAAGAAAUUACUGGAAGAAGUUUGUAAAUUUGCGAAUGUUUUACGUAGCAAAGGUGUGUCGAAAGGAGAUCGAGUUGCAAUUUAUAUGCCGAUGAUAUUGGAAUUGCCAAUUGCAAUGCUUGCAUGUGCGCGUAUUGGUGCAAUUCAUUCAAUAGUCUUUGCUGGUUUCUCAUGUGACUCGUUAGGUGAACGAAUGUGUGAUUGUAAGGCUCGAGUCCUAAUCACAGCCGAUGGUGUUUAUCGUGGUGAGAAAGCGUUAGCAUUAAAAGAUAUAUGUGAUCAAGCAAUGGCAAAGUCAGCACAACAUGGUCAUCAAGUUGAGACAUGUAUUGUUGUGUCACAUUUAGAACGUGUCACAAUACCAAAACCAAAUAAUAUUGCUCAAAAAUUAAAAAUGCGUGAUGGUAUCGAUUAUUGGUGGCAUAAUUUAAUGGAAAAUGCAAAUACAACAUGUCAUGCAGAAUGGAUGGAUGCUGAAGAUCCAUUAUUUAUGUUAUACACAAGUGGCUCAACUGGUAAACCCAAAGGUGUGCUACAUACAACCGGAGGCUAUAUGUUGUAUACAGCGACAACGUUCAAAUAUGUUUUCGAUUACAAACUAAAUGACGUUUUCUGGUGUACAGCUGAUGUCGGUUGGAUUACUGGCCAUUCUUAUGUUGUUUAUGGUCCCUUAGCAAAUGGAGCUACUUCAAUUAUUUAUGAAGGAACUCCAUUUUAUCCAGAUAAUGAUAGAUUUUGGGUGAUUGUCGAUAAAUAUAACGUAAAUCAAUUUUACACUGCUCCAACGGCAAUUCGUUCUUUAAUGAAAUUUGGUGACAGUUUUGUUACAAAACAUAAUUUAUCAUCGUUACGUGUAUUGGGAUCAGUGGGUGAACCAAUUAAUCCAGAGGCAUGGAUGUGGUAUUAUAAAGUAGUUGGUAAAGAAAAAUGUUCGAUCGUUGAUACAUUUUGGCAAACAGAAACUGGUGGUCAUGUGCUUACUCCAUUACCUGGAUGUACACCAAUGAAACCUGGUUCAGCUGCAUUUCCUUUCUUUGGUGUACAACCAAUCUUAUUAGACGAAGCAGGGAAAGUAAUCGAAGGUCCUGGUGAAGGUUACUUAGUAUUUGCACGACCAUGGCCAAGUAUAAUGCGAUCAUUAUUCAAUAAUCAUGAACGUUAUGAAAUGACAUACUUUACUAAGUUUCCAGGAUAUUAUUGUACUGGUGACGGUGCACGUCGAGACUCCGAUGGAUAUUUAUGGAUCACAGGGCGUGUGGAUGACAUGUUAAAUGUAUCUGGACAUUUAAUGUCCACAGCUGAAGUUGAAUCUGUACUUACCGAACAUAACAGUGUUGCUGAAGCGGCCGUUGUAUCAAAACCACAUAAAGUCAAAGGUGAAUGUUUAUAUUGUUUCAUAACAACCAACGAAAAUUCAACAUUCGAUCAAAAAUUAAUUACGGAAUUAAAGAAUUUGGUGCGAGAACGUAUUGGACCAUUUGCGCAACCAGAUAUUGUACAACAUGCACCUGCCUUACCAAAAACACGCUCCGGUAAAAUAAUGCGACGAGUUUUACGAAAAGUAGCUGUAGGUGAUUUAGACGUAGGAGAUAUUAGCACAUUAGCUGAUAGUUCUGUCGUGGAACAAUUAUUUGCCAAUAGACCUUUAGAAGCUUUAUAAAUAAUUUAUUUAUUAAUUUAAUAAUAAUUAUAUGCUAUAUUAUUAUUUUUAGCACAAGU